AUGCAUAAGCUAGUAUUCUGCUGUCUCAUUAUUAUCAGCUUCUCCUGUCCUCUCUUGUCUGUCCCUAUCAACAAUGCCAGUGAGAUGUCUUAUCAGCUCUCAGCUGAUGAAGAUUCCAGAUUGAAUCUGGAGCGGCCAGGCAGCCUGGGAAGCACCUCCCUGCUUCAGUUCCUGCCAGGGCUCCUGGGCACACCGCCCGAAGACAAAAAAGCAGGUCUUAGCCGCAGCAGCUACAACCCACAGGAAAAUGUCAAAGAGAUCUUCUACGGAAGCCACCCUCGAAUUGCUUUGCUGGGCCGCUUGCUGACCAAGGACAGGAAACAGUUUAAGAAACGUGGAAAUCUUUCCGAGUGCUUCUGGAAAUAUUGUGUGUGA